CUUUCAAAGUUCAUGCGUUCACUCUCAAAACACAGCUGUGUUCUUCAAUUAUAUAAACUUUUGUUUUAAGUUAUUAAAUUAUAAUAUUGAUCACUGACCAGAAAUAAAAUAAUAUACUACAAAUCUAGAUCUGCCCAAAAAACACUCUCCAAAAAACUUAUCUUUUCUGCCUUGUUAUAUCAGUUAUUUUAUAUCAUCUAGAUCUAUAAUUUCGUUAAGUAGGGUUUUUUUUUUUCUUUAACAAAAAAAAAAAAUGGGUGUCUAAACUUUGGACCUUGAUUUAGCAAACUUUGAGUUAUGUUCUACAGGUUCUUCUUUGAAUCUUCUUGGGAUCAUUAGAACUAUCUUCGGGUUUUUUUUUUUCCCUUUUUUGCCCUUUUCCUUUCCAAGUUGAAGGAACAAUACUAUAAAGGAGGAAGAGUUGGUCAAGUUUCCAUAAAUGGAAAGUUCUAGGAACAAGAGAGGGUAUGAGGAGGGCGUUGAAGAUGCAGGCUACAUUACAGAACUGAAGAAACCAAAGUUACCCGCUUUGGCAAGUGUUAUUGUGGAAGCUCUGAAGGUGGACAGUAUGCAAAGGCUUUCCUCAUCUUUGGAGCCUAUGUUACGCAGAAUUGUCAGUGAGGAAUUAGAGCGGGCUUUGACGAGAAUAGGGAAUGCUAAAUUGACUGGAAGGUGUUCACCACUGAGGAUACAAAAUGCAGAAGGAAGAAAUCUACAACUACAUUUCAGAACAAGAAUGCCCCCUCACCUAUUCACAGGAGGAAAAGUUGAGGGUGAGCAAGGAGCAGCCAUUCAUGUUGUCUUGCUAGAUGUGAUCUCAGGCACUGUGGUGCAAACUGGAUCAGAAUCAGCAGCCAAACUAAAUGUUGUGGUGCUAGAAGGUGACUUCAACGAGGAAGCUGAUGAGGAUUGGACCCAGGAGCAAUUUGAGAACUACGAAGUGAAAGAGCGUGAGGGGAAAAGGCCGCUUUUGACUGGGGAACUACAAGUAAUCCUCAAGGAAGGAGUGGGAACUCUAGGAGAUCUUACUUUCACUGACAACUCCAGCUGGAUUAGGAGUAGAAAGUUCAGGCUUGGUUUGAAGGUUGCUCCUGGAUAUUGUGAAGGGAUUCGUGUGCGUGAGGCUAAAACAGAGGCUUUUGCUGUUAAAGAUCAUAGGGGAGAAUUGUACAAGAAACAUUACCCACCUGCAUUGCAUGAUGAAGUGUGGAGAUUGGACAGAAUAGCUAAGGAUGGAGCAUUACAUAAAAAGUUGUUAAAGGCUGAAAUUGUAACAGUUGAAGAUUUUCUUCGACUUCUUAUUAGGGAUCCGCCAAGAUUAAGAAAUAUCCUCGGAAGCGGAAUGUCCAAUAGAAUGUGGGAGAAUACGGUGGAGCAUGCUAAGACUUGUGUCUUGGGGGAAAAACUUUAUGUUUACUACACUGAUCAAACAAAUAGCACCGGUGUUGUUUUCAAUCACAUUUAUGAACUCAGAGGUCUUAUUGCUGGCGGCCAGUUCCUCCCUUUGGAAUCACUUAACCACAAUCAAAAGGUUUUUGUGGAUUCCCUGGUGAAAAGAGCAUAUGAAAAUUGGCAUCUAGUAAUAGAAUAUGAUGACAAGGUUCUCAACACCCUUGCAAGUAGAAAGGGAGCAAAUCCCUCAAUUGCAUCAGUAAAUGAGACCAACUAUGAUGCAGAUUACUACACCACCAAUACUCAAAAGAGUAGGCAGCAGUAUCUCACCUCAGAGCCAAAUCCACAGUGCCAGAAUAAUAAUAAUAAUAAUAAUAACAACAACCAUGCAGUCCAUCAGUUGAUUGAAUUUCCCUUUGGAAGGUCUGAUCAGAAUACAGUAAUGACAAUGAAUAAUCAAAAAGCAUUAUUACCUAGUAGCAUGAAUUACGAGCCAAUUGGCAACUCUACAGAUGAGGUGUCAGGUUUUGCAGGAGAUUGGUCUCGGCCAAGGAAUGGGCAGGGAUUGGAAGAUUUCUUAGCUGAGGAAAUCCGGCUCAGGAGUUCAGAAAUGUUAGAGACUGAUGACAUGCAAAGACUGCUGAAGACAUUUGGUGUGGGUGUUGGUAUGGGAGCUGCUUUUGGUCAUUCUGAUGAGGCUUGUUAUACUUGCACCAUUCCUUAUGAUCAUCAGAUGGAUCACUCUUAUGCUCAGGAACGUGGCAAAGGCUCAGGGAAGGCGGUUGUGGGGUGGCUUAAGUUGAAAGCUGCCUUAAGGUGGGGCAUAUUUAUAAGAAAGAGAGCUGCUGAGAGAAGAGCUCAGCUUGUUGAGCUUGAUUGACUCUGAUUCUUAAACUUAUUUUAACAUCAUAUAUUUUAGCUGCUUAACAAAGGAUUGGUGCCUCAGAAAUCAUUAACCCUCGUUGGCAAACAUUGUUGCAUGAUUCCAAGUUCUGUAAUCUUUGCUAAUGUUUGGUCUGACUAUGAAAAAUAGAGUGAAGAUGAGAAGUAAAAGAAUUUCUGUAUAUGAAGUUUGAGGCCAGUUUUAUGCCAUUCUCUUUGCUCCAGGUGUAUAAUAUUGUCGUGCUUUUAACACUAAUAAUUUCAUUAGUUUUAUUCUUACAUAAAGGGAUGUAACUUUAUUUUGUAAAGUUUCAACCAAAAGAACUUGAUAUUAAUGUUUCUGAUUAUCCAAGAAAUAAGAUAUUGAAUUCUUCUCAAGGA